AUGGAGCAUGACGACAUCUUCAGAGUGGAUGUUGUCCGGCGUGCGACGACGACGGACAGCUUCAGAAUCCCCGUUUUGAAGACGUCGUUGUUCGACGCGUCCAUCGACACCUUCAUGAUCCCAUCGUUUGCUUCUUCGCCCGUAUAUGACAUGUCGACCGGAAUCUAUUAUGCGACUGGUGCCACUGCGGUGAUCCCGACACCUGCCUACGAACUCAUACCUCAUCGAGUCUUCGUCGGCGGCUUUCCGGCCAGUUCGCCCGAAAAAUUGGAAUUUAAAGGUCGCAAAUUGAAUCUUGGGCCGGCUCUUAGACGCAUGUCACAGCGUUACUCAACUGAUUAUGCAAUUGCUACUCCAACAGGACUGGUACAGUCACCCACAUAUGGUUAUACUUAUUCUUUUCCUCCGCAGCCACCAUUCGUUAUGGUCAACACUCCACAGGUAACCCCGACUGUCGUAGCGCACCCACGCAGUUCGCCUACAAACAUUUACAAUUCGCACAUGGCUUCAGUCCCCUCGGCACCAUACUUUUCCACACCAGAUGGCCAUGGAGUUCCAUAUCAGCAGACAUUCUACUACAACAACACCCCCAUGGCAGCCGCAGGCGAUGCCGCAAAUAUGCAAAUGAUGUACGGUAAUGGAGCCCCGCCAGCCGCUACACCGCUGUACGGUGGAGCCGAAUACACGCCUCCACCAACUCAACAGCCACCACACGAUUCGCCGCCAAUCGCUCAGGGACUCUUUACCCCAUCACCUCAUCAUGGAGGCACUCCACAGGUGGUGUAUGAGGCCUACGUGUACACACCCGGUUCACCUGUUCCCCAGGCGAUGAUUUAUCCUGUCGCUGCGCCGGCCAACACCAAUGCUGAGCAGCCUGCUAACGGUGCUGCAAACGGAACAGCCACUUCUCCGGAUGGCUCUCCCACUCGCAGCCAGGCAUCUGCGCCAAAUGCUGAAGUGGUGGUACCGGUGGCGGCAAAGCUGCCUGCAACACCACCUGCUACUGCUGCCAGUUCGUCGGUGUCGGUGGUCACCGCGCCAGUGCCCGUACAACAGCCACAACCUUGUAUCCAGUAUCCGGUGUACCUGCAGCCGCAAGCGCCACCUACUCCUACAUUCUACUACAACAACACCCCCAUGGCAGCCGCAGGCGAUGCCGCAAAUAUGCAAAUGAUGUACGGUAAUGGAGCCCCGCCGGCAACGCUACACCGCUGUACGUGCGAGGCGAAUAGCGGGCCGCAACAAGCGUCAGAGAGCCACACUACGAUGCGCCGCAAUCGCAUCAGGAUUUUGGGGCGGGUGCCUACAUGGGAGGCCACUCCACAGGGAGGGCGUUUUGUGCGCGCAGCUCCGCGUGCUGUCAUGUCCUUAAAUGGUCAAUUCCAGUCAAUGCGUGUAUCCAACGAUCAUCCGAAGAAUUCACCGAGUGAAGCCCUCCGUGCGCAGGCGACACCGCCUGAGUCGCCGCAGUUUUAA